AUGUACAGUACCACCACAAACAACACCAUCAACACCACCAACAACAGCAUCAACACCAACACCAUCACCACCACCAUCAACACCACCAACAACACCAUCAACACCAUCACCACCAUCAACAACACCAUCAACACCACCAACAACACUAUCAACAACAAUGACAGCAACAGGUAUUAUGACUGUCGAAAUGAAGAACUUGGAGUUGGAAAAACAGAUGAAGUGAAGACAGGAGUCUGUGGAAAAGGUUUGAAAGGCACCUUAACUUACAAAUGUGAAUCACGUGAUUGGAAACCAUUAGAGGACAACUGUGUACUUGAAGUUAUCGACAACCUUAAAAACAAACUUGAGUCCUUGCGUGUGGAGGAGAUUCCAGGGUUUAUGGCUAACCUCAGUUCUGCCACAGCAAAGCAUGAUAUUAAUAUAACCCAGUCUGCUGCUACUGUCCAAGCAAUUGUUGACAUACUCUUUAAAAUUGCCGACUUGUCACAAACUAUUGUCAUAAAAAAAAUAGUGAUGGAGAGUUUCCUAAACACAGUGGACAUUAUUGUAUCAGGUAAUGUCAGUAAUACAUGGAACAAACUGAACAAAGGCAAAAACACAGAAGACACCAGCAUUAAACUUCUGAGCGCUAUUGAGGAUAUAAGUGACCGUCUCACAGAUGAGUUUGCGAUUAAUGAAACAUCCAUUCAGCUGAAUAGAACUACAAUUAAAAACUCAUUCAAUAUAACAUCAGCACUGCCAAACUCGGCUACAGAGAUUGUGGUACCACAGGUUCCUCAAGAGACUACCAUAACCAUCAUAAUCUUCACAACUCUUGACAAAGUCCUUCCUUCUCAAGGUACUAAUGACAGCAGGAAAUCAGAUGUGCGCAUCAAUGGAGAUGUGGUUGUUGUUAAGGUUAAUGAAACUCUUAACAACAUUUCUUUUACAUUUGACAUUACUGAACAGUCUUUGGGAAAUCCUCAGUGUGUCUUUUGGAACUUCAGUCUCAGCGAUUGGGAUUCCACUGGAUGCGAAGCAAAGCCCUAUAUAAGUAAAGGGAAUGAAACUGGCAAGAUUACAUGUGAAUGCAACCACACAACUUCCUUUUCAAUCUUAAUGUCAGCGCUGUUGCUCUUUUACCGUACAGUCAUGGUCUUGUCUCAAAUGUCAAGGGCCAAAAUGAUGGUCAUUGCCUUCAUAGUCAGUUAUGGUGCACCUUUGCUGAUAGCGGUCAUCACUGUUGCAUCAACAGCUGGUCCUAAAAAAUAUAUUUCCAAAAAAAAUGCAUGCUGGCUGAACUGGUACGAAUCAAAGGCCCUGCUGGCAUUUGUGAUCCCAGCUUUCACUAUUGUAGCCAUAAACCUUGUAGUUUUGAUUGUGGUUCUGUACAAGAUGUUGAGGAGAGGAGUCGGUGCCGCAACUCAACCAGAUGAGAAACAUGCCCUGGUGGUCAUUGCCAGAUGUGUGGCCAUUUUAACUCCUAUCUUUGGUCUAACAUGGGGAUUUGGCAUUGGAACCAUGGUGUCACGUGACUUUGGUAUUCAUGUGGUGUUUGCACUCCUCAAUUCACUGCAGGGAUUCUUUAUUUUGGUGUUUGGAACGCUUUUAGACAGCAAGGUUCGUGAGUCACUACCAGGAAAACGGUUGCUACAGAAACUCAGUUCCAGUCGUACCAAGAGCACCAGUGGAGGAACAUCGUCCACAUCUGGCCUGCCUUUCUUGCGAAGGAAGCAACGGAGGCAUGUGUACAACGUAUCCGAAACCAACCUUUCCUCAGCAGUUACAUCUUCAGACAGCUCCACGACGACUGCAAGAUCUUCACUCUACGAGACUCGAAGCAUUCGCCGUGAACAAGCCUCGCAGCGGAUCAAGACCCUUUCCUGCUUGGCUGACUUCACCGCUCUUCAGCCGCCUUCAGCGUCUGCAGCAGCUGCGGUCUUCCCGGAGCCUGAGAGGAAAAAGCAGCGGGGCAGAGAAUCUCGGAAGUCAGUGAGAAGAAAUGACACAUCCUACAUGCGACAUGUCUCCAUAGUCACCAUUGCCGUUUCCCUGCUGAUCGCAAACAUCUGUUUUAUCAUUGGAGCUGCAAUCGCAGAACAAGAACAGCCAACCUCAGUGGACCGCUGCAGUCCAGUGGUUUUCUUCAUGCACUUUUUUUACUUGGCUCUUUUCUUCUGGAUGUUAAUGUCAGCGCUGUUGCUCUUUUACCGUACAGUUAUGGUCUUGUCUCAAAUGUCAAGGGCCAAAAUGAUGGUCAUCGCCUUCAUAGUCGGUUAUGGUGCACCUUUGCUGAUAGCGAUCAUUACUGUUGCCUCAACAGCUGGACCUCAAAAUUAUAUUUCCAAAAGAAAUGCAUGCUGGCUGAACUAA